AAGAAGAAUACAUAAGGACACGUCCAGACCGUGGACUGGUUGUUCCCACUUGACCGUGAGUAGGUCCGCUCCAACCGAGUGAUGAAAGUUAAGUGGCGCUGGCUAAGGUCGUUACCACUCUCGUUAUCGUACGCAUCGUUCGCCGCGUUCAGUAGACGAUGACCACUCGGUGGCGUCGCAUCGUUUUCCCAUCGAACACCUGAAACGCUCGCAAAACGAACAUGAAACCGUCGCUGCUGGGCCUGAUACCGUUGCUACUAGCCACCCUCGUCUGCCAAACGUCCUCCUUGAACCCCGACGCUGGACCUUGGGUCCAGACCACGCAAGGCGAACCUUGGCCACUGCCCAACCUGAGACGUCUCAGCAAUUCCUACUACUUGCUGAGAGCCUCCACCUUCCAGUUCAACGUAGUUGGCGAGACUUGCGACAUAGUGGUCGAAGCAGUCGAAAGGUACAAAGCGAUCAUCUUGAAGGAAGCUCGGAUAGCGAGGAUCUCCUCGCAUGGACGCGCUCCAUCCUCGUCUGGAAGAGGCAAUGGCACCACGAAGGGUAUACUCACCGCCUUGGACAUUCGUCUGGGAGAACCUUGCGAAAAGGACGGCAACCACUGGCCCCAUUUACAAAUGAAGGAAUUAUAUACUCUCAGCAUUAAUGAAACGUCUACUGUGGCCAAUCUCGUGGCGGAAUCGGUAUGGGGAAUUCUCCGAGGUCUCGAGACCUUUUCUCAGCUGUUAUUCUCAGCUGGCGAUGGACCCAACUUGAAGAUAAGGUGUCAGACCAUCGUGGACAGGCCAAAACUACCCCAUCGCGGUCUCCUCUUGGACACGUCGCGCCAUUACUUGCCCAUCUACGACAUAUUGCUGACUCUUGACGCGAUGUCCUAUAACAAAAUGAACGUUCUUCACUGGCACAUCGUCGACGACAACAGCUUUCCUUAUCAGAGCUCCAGCUUUCCAGAACUGUCUGCCAAGGGAGCAUACCAUCCUUCGAUGAUAUACACCCUAAACGACAUCCAGCAGAUCGUUGACUACGCCAGGUUGAGGGGAAUUCGAGUAAUGCCGGAAUUCGAUACCCCUGGACAUACCAGGUCAUGGGGUUUGGCUUACCCUGAACUAUUGACUCCUUGUUACGACUCGACAGGCAGACCAAAUGGUAAACUGGGCCCCAUGAAUCCAACGCAUCACGGCCUCUACGAUUUCCUGCGAAAUCUGUUCGCGGAGAUCGUGCAGGUAUUUCCAGAUCAAUAUGUCCAUCUAGGCGGCGACGAGGUGCCCUUUGAUUGCUGGAAGAGCAAUCCGGAAGUCAACGCGUACAUGAAUGCGCACAAUAUAUCCAGGAAUUACGUGCGCCUCGAGGGAGAAUACAUAGCCAAGCUUCUUCAGAUCACGGACUCUCUGCAGGCGAAUGCCAUUGUGUGGCAAGAGGUGUUCGACAACGGCGUCGCUAUGCCAAACAGCACGGUGGUUCACGUGUGGACGGGCCUCUGGUCAAAGGAACUCGAAAACGCGACCAAAGCGGGCCAUCCUGUGUUGCUAUCGGCGUGCUGGUAUCUGGACCACGUCGCUGGCGGUGGCGAUUGGAAGAAAUUUUACAAAUGCGAUCCCCUCUCGUUUAUUGGCGCCUCGAAUGCUUCGGGGCUGAUGCUGGGCGGGGAGGCCUGCAUGUGGGGCGAAUUCGUCGACAGGAACAACGUGCAUCCCAGGAUAUGGCCAAGGGCCAGCGCAGCUGCCGAGCGUCUUUGGAGCAACAACAAACAGGACGAGAACAAGGCGGCACAGCGACUGGAGGAACACGCUUGUCGCAUGAACAGACGGGGUAUUCCUGCCCAGCCACCGAAUGGACCUGGAUUUUGCGUGACAUGAUAACGGCCGCAACGAAAAUUUCCAUUUUCCCACAGUCUCGAAUUUCGUCCGUCGCACGUUUACGUUUAAUGCAACGCGCGCCAUGCUGGAGAGACGUCGAAUGGAUUUGUACGGUUCCUCUGUUGAAUUUAUAGGACAAAGAUUUUGCAAUUCCUUCUUGUAAAUUUAUGGGGAUUUGUGAAUAAACAGAGUGAUUCUUCUA